AUGUCGCUCUAUCAUGAGGCGGCAGAGGUGUUCGCAGUCGCGAGCAAAGACGGUGGUUCGAUCAAAUCCAUCGUUUUCUCCAAGAAGAAGUGGAAGAGCGACGGGCGCACCCUUUUUGCCCUGACCACGGAGACGGCGAAAUGGAGUGAUGUGCUGUCGAAGGUCAUUGAAAAUAGCGGAGUGUUGAAGGUGGAGAAGCAGCUUUCGCCUCAGCUCGCCUUACUUCUCGUUCACGAUCUUUUGCUCGCCCCCAGAGGUCUGGCACUCACUCCCAAGCACGGUCUUGCUGCAUCCAUCACCAAGCACAAGGCUCGCCUUUCGGCAGAACUGACCAAAGAGAGGUUACGGCGAGGCUUUGCUAGCAUAGAUGCCUUACGAUCUCAUGUCAAUGGUUCUGCGGGCGACGUCCGGUCUGGACUAUAUCGUCACCCAAGAUGGAUCCGAAUAAACACUCUCCGAACGUCUCUGGCAGCUCAACUGGAAACGACUUUUGCCUCGUUCAAGCCAACAUCCGCAAUGACCGACAUUAUGACCUGCUCCCCUGCGGACAAGCUCGUCCAUACCGACCAGCACGUUCCCAACCUUCUAGCCGUGCCACCGGGGGUUGAUAUUACAAGUCAUCAAGCGUACAAAGAUGGCAAAUUGAUCAUUCAAGAUAAAGCGUCGUGCUUUCCCGCCUAUCUCUUGGACCCCUCCAGCACCGUAGGAGACAUCAUCGACGCUUGCGCCGCGCCGGGCAACAAAACGACACAUCUCGCCGCCUUGACUUCGUCUGGUGCCGAUCAGCAAACGAGUCCAUCCCGCAAGCGCAAAAUCUUUGCUUGCGAGCGGGAUGCCGAGCGUUCAAAGACUUUGUCAAAGAUGGUUCGCUUGGCCGGUGCAGACAGCGUCGUCCAGGUCAGGACCAGACAGGACUUUUUGAAAGUGAGCCCCCAAGCUGCGGAGUUUGCCAAUGUCACCGCAAUUCUACUAGACCCUAGCUGUUCAGGCAGCGGCAUCGUUGGUAGAGAUGAGGCGGUGCUAAAUCUCCACCUCCCGGCUGUUGACACCGAGAAUGGCACGAAAACAACUCACCGGAAGAGGAAGCAUGAAAUGGCAGAGGCAGAGACGAAACAGCUCGCCACUGAUGAUACCUCAGAGAACGUCCCCCUCGAAGGUGAGGCGGCGGGGACCAAGCUGCAAGACCGCCUGGCUGCACUGUCAUCGUUUCAGCUUCGUCUAUUGGAGCAUGCCAUGACCUUCCAUGCUGUUGCCCGCAUUGCCUAUUCGACGUGCUCGCUUCAUGACGAAGAAAAUGAGCAGGUCGUGGCCAAAGCGUUGCUCUCGGACGUGGCAGUUGAGCGUGGAUGGAAGAUCUUAAGGCGGGAGCAGCAAGUGGACGGCAUGCAGGCAUGGUCGAAACGCGGUCGAGUGGAAGCUGUUGCGGCAGUGAUGAACGCCGACACUACAGAAGAGAUUGAUGCUGAUGUCGUCGCAGAAGCGUGCAUUAGGUGUGAGAAAGGUGGAGAGGACGGGACAAUGGGCUUCUUCGUUGCGGGAUUUAUGCGGGAUGUUGAGGCAAGGAAUGGCGGCGUUCAGCCCUCGAAGAAAGGAGCUGCUGUAUCAGCUACACUACACAAUGGGACGGAUUUGCAAAAUGGAGAUGAGGAAGAAUGGGAGGGGUUCAGUGACCAAGAGUGA